GCGGCUGCUCGUCUCUUUACGGACGCAAGGCGAGUCUACUGCAUCGAGUCUUCAUGGGGUUACUGGCGGCGGUUGGGGUGUUAGUGCCAUUCCCAUUCUAUUAUUGGCUAUGGACGAACCCACAAUCAUGGGUGAAUCUGUGUGGGAAAGAGAGGGACCCUUCAAAAGUGAUGGCACAGGUCUCCCAUUGCCUCAAAGUCGCUCAGCUCAUCUCCCUUUAUACCGUCUCCUCUCUUUCAUGGCCUCCCCCGCUAUAUUUCUGGCCGCUUUUUGGGUUUGGCCAGUUCCUGAAUUUCAGGGUAUAUCAGUUGCUUGGUGAAUCUGGCACUUAUUAUGGUGUGCGCUUUGGGAAAACCAUUCCUUGGAUGACCGAGUUCCCAUUCGGUGUCAUUAGAGACCCUCAAUAUGUUGGAAGCAUUAUGAGUCUUGUUGCUUGCCUAUCUUGGGUUCCCUUUCAGUACAUCCUCUUGUGGAUACUUGGCUAUGCGUUCAUGAUGCAUGUGGAAUCGUCAGAAAAUCCAGCUACUCGUGCAAAACCCCUCUCUUGACUGCAAAAUUUUAAAAUUCACUGAUGGUAGGAUAACUUCAUCAUUUCUACUCUGUCUCCUAAUUUUAUUUUGUUUACUAGUUGAGUAUGAACUUUGGAAUGAUUCACUUGUAAUAACAAGAAUGCAUUUUCCCAUGAUUGUUCCUGUAAUAACAUAGCUUCAUGCUUUCCAAUGGAAUUUUUUCUCAA